UUUGUUUACCUUUUUGUCAUCUAAGAUUGUGUUGUCAGUUGUCAGCCCCCGGGUUUAAUAAAACGGAAGCAUUUUGUGAUUAAACAAGGAUUUUAGCCUCUACUACUCAAAUCUCCUCAAGCGGAAGUCAACAGGAAUAAAUCAGUAAAUGUUUUUGGUUAGGGAGACACACGAGCAUCGUGAACCUGGGUACAGAAUAAGAGACUUUCUCUCAUUGUUAAUUUCACCUGAUUAGUGUCUGAUUGUGGAGCUCUACCAACACAGUUGGCCUCUUCCUCCUUUAAGGGGUUGCUUUUACGACCACUAAAUUAUUCCAAAACUAAUUGUGUGGUGAUAAAACUAAAAGGCUCAACUGAUUACAUACAAACCAACAGGUCAUUUUUUGAUAUUACAGAAACACUGCAAAGCACUAAAAGUAAACUGCGUAUGAUUUAAUUGCUGAGCCACAACUUUAUUUCCUAAUUGUGUUGAUUCAAAAAAGCUAGACGUACCUGCAGUUUUUUAUUAUUUUUUUUUAAUUCCCAAAGUUUGUGUUUGUUAAUUUUCUUAAUUUGACCAUGUUCAGUGAAUUGCCCACUUGGAACGUCAUUUGAACACAUUAAUUCUUGCCAACUAUCCAUGCCCCUUGAACUUUACCACAUUUUGUCCCAUUACUACAAGAAACUUUCAUGAAUUUUAUCAGGAUUCUAUGUAAUACAACAGCUCAAAGUAGUGCAUAUCUGAAGUUGACUAAAAAUAAUACAGGGCACCGUUCAGUCCCUCAUGUAAAGAAUAAAGGGAAUGACUCCUGUAAUCUGGUAUUUAUGUAGAAGAGUAGCCACUAUUGAAAGAAAGCCACAAAAAGUCCUAUUUGCAGUUUAACAAACACUGAUCACACCAUCCUCACGGUGAACAAUUGUGGUAGCAGCAUCAUGCUGUGGGGAUUUUUGUUCAGAUGACACAGGGAAGUAGGUCAGAGUGGAUUGGAAGAAGGUUGGAGCUAUUUGCAGGGCAACCUUGGAAAAAAGCCUGUUUGAGGCUAACUGGAUCACAGUUUGUCAGCAAAACAACCAUAAACAUAGUCAGAGAUAUAUGAUGUAAUGAUUUAGAUCACAACAUAUUCAUGUACUAGAAUGGUGUAGACUUGAAUUUAACCAAGAGUUUUUUAUUUUUUAGAUAUUUUUUCAGCACUAGUGGCCUUUAUUUUUUUUUGACAGUAGGUAGACAGGAAAGAGGGGGAGAGACAUUCGGUAAAUGUCGCCGGGUCUGGGACUCGUACCCAGGACGGCUGCUUCGAGGACUGUAGCCUCUGUAUAUGGUCACAUGCUUAACCCCUACACCAUCAGCGCCAUGCCAAAUCUAAUCAAGAAUUUGACAAGAUUUGAAAAUUGAUGUUCACAAACACCCUCCAGUCUGACUGAGCUUGGACUAUUUUGCAAAGGAGAAUGGGCAAGAGGCAAGCUGUCUAGAUGUGCGAAGCUGGCAGAGGCAUACCCCUGAAGACAUGCAGUUUUAACUUAAGACCUCCAGCAUGGCAGGGAGACGGGCUCUGAAGGCUGUGCUCAUAGACCUCAGUGGAACCCUACACAUAGAGGACACUGCAGUGCCUGGGGUGCAGGAUGCCCUCAACAGGCUGCGAAAGGCAUCUGUUGCUGUGAAGUUCGUGACCAACACAACAAAGGAAAGUAAGAGGAACUUACUGGAGCGACUGCAACGACUUAACUUUGACCUCCAGGAAAAAGAAAUUUUCACGUCUCUGAGUGCAGCAAGGUGUUUGUUGGAACAGAAACAACUCAGGCCGCUGCUUCUGGUGGAGGACAACGCGCUGGAAGACUUCACUGGCAUUGACACUUCAGAGCCAAACGCGGUCGUCGUUGGACUCGCGCCUGAUCAGUUUAACUACCAAACUCUCAACAGGGCUUUCAGAAUGAUUUUGGAUGGAGCUUCCCUUAUUGCCAUUCAUAAGGCUCGUUACUACAAACGUAAAGAUGGUUUGGCCCUCGGCCCUGGACCCUUUGUGACAGGCUUAGAGUAUGCCACAGACUGUAAAGCUACAGUGGUGGGAAAGCCUGAAAAGACAUUUUUCACACAGGCCUUGUCAGAUUUAGGAUGUAGCCCCAGUGAAGCUGUCAUGAUAGGAGAUGAUGCCAGAGAUGAUGUAGGUGGGGCUCAGAAUGCAGGAAUGUUGGGUAUUCUCGUCAGAACAGGUAAAUACAGAGAUGGAGAUGAAAAGAGAAUUGACCCACCUCCUUACCUGACGUGCGACACUUUCCCUGAUGCCGUUGAACACAUCCUGCAGAAUCUGCUAUAAGCUACUAUGUACUCCUACACUCCUGUUAUCAUUUGCACAAAUAAACCCUCAGUCACA